AUGGCACAAUUCUGCUGCCCAUCUCCGCCGCCGGCGGCCCCAACUUCUAUAUCGCAGUUCAUCUCCGACCAGCCCUACCUCACCCUUCUCGAAACCCACUGCUCAACCAUGAAAGACCUUCACAAAAUCCAUUGCCAACUCAUCAAAACCGGCUUAUUCAAUGACCCAAUUGCCGCCAGUCGCGUCCUGGCCUUCUGCACCUCUCCCGUCGCCGGCGACAUGAAUUACGCUCGCUCCGUCUUCUCUCGCAUUCGAAAGCCCACCCUCUUUUCCUGGAACCACAUCAUUCGAGGCUUCUCUAACAGCUCCAAUCCUCAAAUUGCCAUCACCCUCUUCGUCGAGAUGUUGGUCAAUUCGCCCGUCCAACCUUCAAGGCUGACUUACCCUUCCGUUUUCAAGGCCUAUUCUCAGCUUGGGUUCGCCCAUGAAGGGGCUCAGCUCCACGGCAGAGUAAUUAAAUCAGGGCUCGAAGAUGAUCCAUUUGUAAGAAACAGCAUCUUGUCUAUGUACGCGAACUGUGGGUUUUUGAGCGAAGCAGGGAGAAUAUUUGAUCGUCAUCCAGAUUUUGACCCCGUUACCUGGAACAUAAUGCUCAUGGGGCUUGCUAAAUUUGGCGAAAUUGAGGAAUCCAGGAAGGUAUUCGAUGAAAUGCCUGUGAGAAAUGUGAUCUCCUGGAAUUCGAUGAUAAGUGGGUAUGUGAGGAAUGGAAAGUUUGUGGAGGCUUUGGAGCUUUUUGGGCAGAUGCAAGAAGAGGCUGAGGUUAAGCCGAGUGAAUUCACGAUGGUGAGUUUACUCAAUGCCUGCGCUUGUUUGGGUGCAAUCAGGCAAGGAGAAUGGAUUCAUGAUUACAUUGUCAAGAAUAGUUUUGAGUUGAACCCAAUAGUUGUGACAGCCAUCAUAGAUAUGUACUGCAAGUGUGGGAGUAUAGACAGGGCCCUUGAUGCUUUCAAGACUGCUCCUAAGAAGGGAUUGUCAUGCUGGAACUCCAUGAUCCUAGGCCUGGCCACGAAUAGUCAGGAGAAGAAAGCGAUCAACCUAUUCAGGAAGCUUGAAUCAUCCUCGUCUUUGGAUCCCGAUUUCGUCAGUUUCAUCGGGGUCUUGACAGCUUGUAAUCACUCUGGCUUGGUGGACUCGGCAAAGGAGUAUUUCUCACUGAUGACAGAAACUUACAAUAUCAAACCCUCAGUACAGCAUUAUAGCUGCAUGGUUGAUGUGCUCGGCGGAGCUGGGUUUCUGGAAGAGGCAGAAGAGCUCAUCAAAGGAAUGCCAAUUCCUCCAGAUGCGAUCAUAUGGGGAUCUUUGCUAUCUUCCAGCACAAGAUUUGGGAAAGCUGAAAUGGCUGAAAGAGCAGCAAGGCAGCUCAAUGAGCUGGAUCCAAGCCAAACUUCGAGUUUCGUGCUCAUGUCCAAUGUUUAUGCUUCCUCUGGUAGGUACCAGAAAGCUAUCGAGCAGAGAGUUGUUCUCAAACAAAAGCAGAUUGAGAAAGUUCCUGGGUGUAGUUCGAUUGAACUGAAUGGCAAAGUACAUGAGUUUGUAGCUGGCGGAACGUUGCAUCCAGCCGCUGCAAAGAUCUAUAAUGCUUUAGAUGAAAUGCUAUUACAGCAAAACGAAUAG